AGCUCGACCGAUGGCGAGGUGGAGCACCGUUACUGCCGCAAUGGCGUGCCGCUUCCUGCUCGUCGCCCUCCUCCUUGUGGUGGCGCCGCUAGCACCGGCUGACGCGAGAGACAUCCCUGCCACCGCCACCGCCAAGACCGCAAAGACAACUGCAACGACCACGACUACUAAGAGCGUCGCUGCGGUGAGCGUCGGCGUGGCUGCGGCCGCACCGGCCGGCCUCGGCGACCAGAAGACCUUCCUGGGCAGCGGCCUGGGCGGAGGGUACGGCGGUGGUGUCGGGGGAUUCGCUGGCGCCGGCGGGGUGGGAGGCCUGGGCGGAGCGAUGGGUGGCAUCGGCGGCGUCCUCGGAGGAGUUGGUGGCCUCGCUGGCGUGGGAGGCGUCGGUGGGCUAGGCGGGGCCGGCGGUGGCGUUGGAGGACUUGGCGGCGCGGGCGGGCUCGGUGGCCUCGGCGGUGGUGGUGCAGGUGGCCUCGGCGGUCUGGGCGGCGGCUCCGGUGGACUUGGUGGCCUUGGCGGUGGCUCGGGCGGACUUGGUGGACUCGGCGGUGGAGGAGGCGGCCUUGGUGGCGUCGGCGGUGGAGGCGGCGGCCUUGGUGGGCUCGGCGGUGGAGGCGGCGGGCUCGGCGGUGGAGGACUCGGAGGUGGUGCCGGUGGACUCGGCGGUGGCUGCAUCCACCCGUGA